AUGAGUGAUAAUGAUAAUAAUACUCACACAAACUCAUCUUCACUUGCUAAUCAAGUGAAAUUAAAUCUCAUACAUUAUAACCUCUGGACUGAUGUAAAGAUAUAUGAAACUUUAUCCAGUAGUAGUAGCUCCGGGAUAGUAAGUCCAAUACUUUCGGGUAUAUCACCAACUACUAAGGAGACUGAAUGGGUGGUUUGUAAAUCUCUCGAUAAAAGUGACGCGCAGUUGUCAACACAAGAAAUCGAAUCAUGGUUCGUUCAAAUCGAGAAGAUUAAUGUAAAGUGGCAUGCUUAUCAACGUCCCAAAAAGAUUAUAAUUGCGAUUGUAAAUGAUGAUUCUACGGUCGUGUACUAUAAUAUUCAUGAUGGUUUGGUGAAACCAAGACAGAACUAA